AUUUCUAUUUUCCAGUUCCCAUCAUCUCUUUUACACAACCGGUUGGGCGCAUAUGAAAUUCCAAAUUUGUCCUCAACCAUGCCGGCUUCAGCCUCAUCAACACCACACAACCGCCACGAAGAUCUAAUCCAACGGCUCAGCUCUUCCUGUUCAUCCACCUCUUCAAAACUCAAAUCCUUACGUGACCUCAAAAACCAAAUAAUCGGUAACCGUACAAAGAAACUCCGUUUCCUCAAACUCAACGCCGUUCCUUCCGUUACCUCAAUACUCUCUUCUUCUUCCGCGUGUCGUAACGGCGAUGACGUGGUGGUCAAUGAUUCGUUGAUUGUUGAAUCGGCUGCUGCUAUUGGUAGCUUUGCGUGUGGUUUUGAUGACGGCGUUAAAGCCGUACUUGACGCUGGUGCUUUUAACAUUCUUUUGACCCUCAUUUCGCAUCCUAAUCAUAAGGUAAUCGGUGCAGCUGCUCGUUCCCUUAAGUUCAUCUAUCAAUCGAAAUUAGCCCCAAGGUAUGAUUUUCUGCAGGGGAAUAAUAUGGAGUUUAUCCAGUCUCUACUGAAUAGUGAAAAUGAGAAUGUGACUGGACUUGGUGCAAGUAUCAUUACACAUUCUUGCCGGACAAGUAUGGAACAGAAGGCAUUAAGCGAUGCUGGAAUUAUUAAAAAACUCACUUGUAUGCUUGGAGGAUCUGUAUCUCAAAAAGAUGCUAGUUUAGAGUCUCUAGCCACUAUCCUGAAGGGAAAUCCAGAUGGCAUAUCAAAGUUCAUGGAACCUGAAAAUGGAGGAGCGUUGGGUACUGUUACUGAGUUGACCAAGGAUAAAAAUGCCCGGACAAGAUUGCUUGCUUGCAUAUGCUUGAUUGUCAUAAAGAACUCUGCUCCUUCUUGCCUUCAAGAUUUACGAAGCAAAACAAAAUUGAUACUAAUACUACUUGAGCUUCUUGAGGAUGAUCAAGUUGGAGAUGAGGCUCCUUUUGCCUUAUCUAGUUUAAUUGCAGAAAAAGAGGAUUUGCAAGUAUUAGCAUUUGACGCAAAUGUUAUCAAUAAACUUGUCAACCACCUGCGGAAAGGUCCAUUACUGCCGAGACGUUUGGAGGGAAUACUUAUUGCAUUGGGUAACAUGUGUUCGAGACUGGAACGCUGCAGGGAUCGGCUUUUGUCAUUAGAGGCUAUGAAGUUUGUAACUGAUGCCUUGAGUCACGAUAGUGGUGAAGUGCGUGCUGCAGCAUGUAUUUGUUUGAAAAAUGUUUCUCGCUCAGUCAAGAAUCUUAGUGCAGGUCUAUUUAUGAAUGAGAGCAUUGUUGUUCCCUUGGUUCGGCUUUUAUUUGAUGACAUUACCUUUGUCCAGGUUUCCGCCCUUGAUGCCAUCAGCAACAUAGUGGUUGAUUUCUUGGCGCAUAAGACACUGUUUAUGCAACGUGGAGGUGUGAAGCAGCUCGUUCAGCUUUCAAAGUCAAUGGAUUCAACUAUUAGGUUAAAAGCCGUGUGUGCUUUAAGGAACCUAACAUUCCUUGUGAACGACAAGUGUAAAGAGGAAAUUCUAUCAGAGCUCACAGAGUUGACACUAAGAAGCCUGAUUUGUGAUCCCGAGGCUUGUGUUCAAGAGCAAGCUUUAGCUAUGGUUCGUAAUCUUGUUGAUGGGCCUCUAGAUUCUAUCCAGCAUGUCUUUACUGAGGACGCUCUUCUGCUGCGUGCUGUUGGACGGCAACUGCAAAGUGCUACAAAAGCCGAAGUCUUUAUUCAGGCUAUGUACGUCUUUACCAAUGUUGCAUCUGGAAAUGAGGUGCACAAGGAAGCCAUUAUGCAAGAGCUCUUUCCACCAUCAGCUAAUGAUUCUGAAUCAAUUAUGUUCAAGUUUUUACAUAGUGAUGAUAGCCGGUUGCGUACAGCAGCAGUUUGGGCUCUAGUAAACCUUACUUUUCCAAGCAGUUCUGGUGCAUUUGGCCGAGUGAUGAAACUUCGGAAUGCCGGCAUAGUUUCCCAGUUGAAAAAUAUGGUCAAUGAUCCUUGCCUUGAUGUAAAGCUUAGAGUGAGGACAGCGCUGGGGCAAUCAAUGACUUCUGGUGAUGGUUCUACAUGACUAUUAUAUUUUUAUCCUUAAUUCAGUGGUUGGUGGGAGAUUCUGGUGCAGAAUGGUGCUUGGGCUUCAACUUGUUUUGUAUAAUGCCAUGUCUGCAACCUUUGGGACCAAGGAGAACAUGGUUUAAGCUUUUACCCCAGCAUUUUUUUCAAAUUCAAGGCUUUUUCUUUGGAGGUGCUUGGCUUAUGCUUGUGUGGCCUAGCCGGUCGUAUUCAACUGCAUCGUUCUGUGCCCCAGCCACAAUUUUGUAUAUUUUUGCCCUAGUGUAAUAUUUUCUUUGAUUGGUGCACCUGUUAUUAUGUAUUCCCCCCUUAUAAGCCCAUUCUUUCCCCACUAUUGUGGGGUGUUGGGAGGGGGAUAAUCAAUUAGAAGGCAUUAUCGUCCCUAGUCUCUCUUCACCUUUUCUUUUUUCUUGAGGGGUUUGGUUUUUGUACUUAGGUAAAGAUAAAAUACCUGCCACCAGUCCAUUUUUAACCUGUUUUGCUGAGUAA